AUGUCGCAUGACGAAACUGCAUGGAGAACCAUUCUAGCUCCAGACGAUGCAGUGAUCUUACAAGAAUCCGGACUUAUCAGCCCUCUUUUACCUGAUGGCACGCGUCGAAUCCACAAACGACGUUUGAAUCGGUCUAGUGAUGAGGAAGAAGAACAUCUCUCGCUGUCCCCCUUUUCGCUGUCCUCCGUCUCACAGUCCCCCGUGUGGAGCACCUCAAGCUCUGAGUCAUUCGUCAGUAUUCCGGAACACCUUAUCUCACUUGUCACCCUUGAGCAUCUUGGAUACAACUCACAAACUGCAACUCGCAUUUGGGAUCAUUGGACCAGCUGGCCCCCUGGAGAACCAAAAAGAGAGUCUGAUGAUAUCUACCAUGGUGUACCAUUCAUCGACGUCGCUGAGGGCUACAUUCGGAACUUCAGCGAUACCUGCGAAGAUAAUGAUGCCACAUGGUUCCACUGUAUGAACCAGUAUGGAAUCAAUACCGAACUCCAACAAGCUAUCAUGGACCCAAAGUUUCGUCAUAUCCGCCUAAUUGGAACUUGCAAGUUCUGGGUUCGGGACACUCUCAAGUUGCGAUACCGUGGUUUACAAGCAAUACAACAAACCUCUCGUGAACGUGACAUGGCUAGUCGACGUGAAGCCCCCCGUCCUGGACUAUCCCGCGGUUCCUGGCAACGAUCAAUCUCGGAUUCUUUAAGGAUGGUCCCUUGGUUGUCACACGAAACUGCUUUGUCACAAGCUGCAACAAAUGCAGCUACAAAUGCACCAGGCUAUACGACUCUGUACAAGGGCAUUGACCAAGCUCGUGUCAGUGGCCUCUUUGUCGACAAUAGCAAAGUUCGCUUUGAAUGCCUUACGUCUACCCCACCUUCUGAUUUCUCGGGAAGACACGCAGAUUCCUACUUCGCUGCUGAUCGAGAAGUGGCCGAAUACUAUGCCUGUUAUGUUAAACGCCGUAGCACCUGCAAUGCAGUCGUUAUCAUCCACAUCACCAUCCCAAACUCUGUUAUCGAGUCUCUUUCGCCAGACGAUAUCCAGAUCUUACAUGAGCCAGGUGCAGAGUGGAAAUCGCUUGUCUUUUACAGCAGACUAGGGCUCAAGCUGCCAUCCGAACUCCGCAAAUACCAACUAGCCAAGCUUGUUAUUGGCGCUAUUUGUGGCAAACCGAACUUGGUUUUUGCCAAUAUGCGAUCUCCGGAUGAAGUCACGAAGCAAAUGGUUCUCUAA